AUGCUGUCACAAAGACUCGCCAGAGGCCUUCGCGCCACCCCUUCAGUCCGCUCGCCGGUCUUCAGAUCCCCCAUCGCCUCUUCGUUCAGAAGGGGAUACGCCGAUGGCGGUGAGGAGAAGGUCAAGGGCCAGGUCAUUGGUAUCGAUCUUGGUACCACCAACUCGGCCGUCGCCGUCAUGGAGGGCUCCGCUCCCAGAAUCAUUGAGAACAGUGAGGGUGCCAGAACCACCCCCUCAGUCGUUGGUUUCACCAAGGAGGGUGAGCGCCUCGUCGGUAUCGCCGCCAAGCGCCAGGCUGUCGUCAACCCCGAAAACACUCUCUUCGCCACCAAGCGUCUGAUCGGUCGCAAGUUCAAGGACGCUGAGGUUCAGCGUGACUUGAACCAGGUCCCCUACAAGAUCGUCCAGCACACCAACGGCGAUGCCUGGCUCGAGGCCCAGGGCCAGAAGUACUCGCCCUCGCAAAUCGGUGGUUUCGUCCUCGGAAAGAUGAAGGAGACCGCCGAGGCUUUCCUUGGCAAGAACUGCAAGAACGCCGUCGUCACCGUUCCUGCCUACUUCAACGACCAGCAGAGACAGGCCACCAAGGAUGCCGGUCAGAUCUCUGGUCUUAACGUCCUCCGUGUCGUCAACGAGCCCACCGCUGCCGCCCUCGCCUACGGUCUCGAGAAGGAGAGCGACCGUGUCAUUGCCGUCUACGAUCUUGGUGGUGGUACUUUCGAUGUCUCCAUCCUCGAGAUCCAGAGCGGUGUCUUCGAGGUCAAGUCGACCAACGGUGACACCCACCUUGGUGGUGAGGACUUCGAUAUCACCCUCGUUCGCCACCUCGUCCAGCAGUUCAAGAACGAGCAGGGCAUUGAUCUCUCCAGCGACCGCAUGGCCAUCCAGCGUAUCCGUGAGGCUGCUGAGAAGGCCAAGAUUGAGCUUUCGUCUGCUCCCCAGACCGACAUCAACCUUCCCUUCAUCACUGCCGACGCCUCGGGCCCCAAACACAUCAACAGCAAGAUGACCCGUGCCGAGCUCGAGAAGCUUGUUGGUCCCCUGAUCGACCGCACCGUCGAGCCCGUCCGCAAGGCUCUCAAGGACGCCAACAUGACCGCCAAGGACAUCCAGGAGGUUAUCCUCGUCGGUGGUAUGACCCGUAUGCCCAAGGUCACCACUUCGGUCAAGAGCAUCUUCGGCCGCGACCCCGCCAAGUCGGUUAACCCCGAUGAGGCUGUUGCCAUUGGUGCCGCUAUCCAGGGCGCCGUCCUCUCCGGUGAGGUUACCGACGUCCUCCUCCUCGAUGUUACCCCUCUCUCCCUGGGUAUUGAGACCCUCGGCGGUGUCUUCACCCGUCUGAUCAACCGCAACACCACCAUCCCCACCAAGAAGUCUCAGGUCUUCUCCACUGCUGCUGACUUCCAGUCCGCCGUCGAGAUCAAGGUCUACCAGGGUGAGCGUGAGCUCGUUCGUGACAACAAGCUCCUCGGAAACUUCCAGCUCAUUGAGGUCACCUUCGACAUCGACGCUGACUCAAUCGUCCACGUUCACGCUUCCGACAAGUCUACCGGCAAGGACCAGUCUAUCACCAUUGCCUCCGGCUCUGGUUUGAGCGACUCUGAGAUCGAGUCCAUGGUCAACGACGCCGAGAAGUACGGUGCUGCUGACAAGGAGCGCAAGGCUGCCAUUGAGGCCGCCAACAAGGCCGACAGUGUUCUCAACGACACCGAGAAGGCCCUCAAGGAGUUCGAGGACCGUCUCGACAAGGCCGAGGCUGACCAGAUCAAGGAGAAGAUCGCCAGCCUCCGUGAGUUCGUUGCUCAGAACCAGACCGGUGAGGGCUCCGCCUCUGCCGAGGACCUCAAGGCCAAGACCGAUGAGCUCCAGUCUGCCUCUCUUACCCUCUUCGACAAGAUGCACCGCGCCCGCUCCGAGCAGAAGUCCGAGUCUGGUGAGGGUGAGCAGAAGCAGGGUGGCGAGGGUGAGCAGAAGCCUUAA